CCUCCAACGCGGCCUUCAAGGGUUUUAAACCUAAUUCUGUCUCGGACUAUUCUGCAUCUCCCAGGCCUUAAGGAUAAAACUGACACUGCAGACCCUUCAGGGUCUGACCUGCACAUUCUGCUGCCUCACCUCCCACCCGGGGGGACCCUGAAUCCAAGCCAGUCUAGACCUCUCCCCCGGGGUCUUCGCCGCCUUUGCUUAGCUGUUCCCUGGAGUGCCCUCGCCUGCCUGUCCUUCAAGGUCCAACCGGACCCGCGCCCUUUCCUAAGUGAUUUGAGGCCCUGGCAGUCUCUCCACAGGCCGGGGUGUCUUCCAAGGCGCACGCCAAGUCUGAUUCAUUCAUGUGUUCUUGGCGCUCAGCCCAGAACAGUGAAAUUCCUCCCUGUCGCCCCACCCCACAGCAUCCCGCCAACAUCACUGAAGAGGCACAACUCGAACCCCAGAUCCGGGCCGCCCUCCCUGCCGCCCGCUCCUCGGCGUAUCAAUUUCCCUACUCACCUCCCCACCCUCAACCCCCAACCGCGCGCACGGGCAUUGAGUCAGAGCCGCGGCGUCCUCCCGCCUCCCCCUCCGGAACCCGCAUGCGUGCUGAAGCCGACCCCUCCAUCCACGCAUGCUCAGCCCGGCGCGCGCGUUCAGUUCUCGAGCGUCCAGCCCUCAGCGCAUGCGCAGGACCAGCCACCUGAGGGACCUGAUCUCAGCUUGGCCCCGCGUUACCCCCUCCUCCUCCUCUUCCUCCUUCGGACUAGCUUACCUUAGGGGCCGCAACCCAGACGCCGAGGCCGGUUUCGGAGUGGGGAGUGCCCACUUUCUCUCCUUCCCACGUUCCUGGUCCCCAGACGCCAUUUGCAGGCGGGUGGCUUGGGUCAGCCUCCCCGCCCCCACCUGACUCCAGUCACGGGAGAGCGCACACCGCGCCCCGAGAACCAAUCAGCAGCCGCCUUAGGUGGCCAUGUCUGAGUCUGGACACAGUCAGCCUGGACUCUAUGGGAUAGAGCGGCGGCGACGGUGGAAGGAGCCUGGCUCUGGUGGCCCCCAGAAUCUCUCUGGGCCUGGUGGUCGGGAGAGGGACUACAUUGCACCAUGGGAAAGAGAGAGACGGGAUGCCAGUGAAGAGACAAGCACUUCCAUCAUGCAGAAAACCCCCAUCAUCCUCUCAAAACCUCCAGCAGAGCGGUCAAAACAGCCACCACCUCCAACAGCCCCUGCUGCCCCGCCUGCUCCAGCCCCUCUGGAGAAGCCCAUCGUCCUCAUGAAGCCACGAGAGGAGGGGAAGGGGCCUGUGGCCGUGACAGGUGCCUCUACCCCUGAGGGCACCGCCCCACCACCCCCUGCAGCCCCUGUGCCACCCAAGGGGGAGAAGGAGGGGCAGAGACCCACACAGCCUGUGUACCAGAUCCAGAACCGGGGCAUGGGCACUGCCGCACCAGCAGCCAUGGACCCUGUCGUGGGUCAGGCCAAACUACUGCCCCCAGAGCGCAUGAAGCACAGCAUCAAGUUGGUGGAUGACCAGAUGAAUUGGUGUGAUAGUGCCAUUGAGUACCUGUUGGAUCAGACGGAUGUGUUGGUGGUUGGUGUCCUGGGCCUCCAGGGGACAGGCAAGUCCAUGGUCAUGUCGUUGUUGUCAGCCAACACUCCAGAGGAGGACCAGAGGACUUACGUUUUCCGGGCCCAGAGCGCUGAAAUGAAGGAACGAGGGGGCAACCAGACAAGUGGCAUCGACUUCUUUAUCACCCAAGAACGGAUUGUUUUCCUGGACACACAGCCCAUCCUGAGCCCUUCUAUCCUAGACCAUCUCAUCAAUAAUGACCGCAAACUGCCUCCAGAGUACAACCUUCCCCACACUUACGUUGAGAUGCAGUCACUCCAGAUUGCUGCCUUCCUUUUCACGGUCUGCCAUGUGGUGAUUGUCGUCCAGGACUGGUUCACAGACCUCAGUCUCUACAGGUUCCUGCAGACAGCAGAGAUGGUGAAGCCCUCCACCCCAUCCCCCAGCCACGAGUCCAGCAGCUCAUCGGGCUCCGAUGAAGGCACUGAGUACUACCCCCACCUGGUCUUCUUACAGAACAAAGCUCGCCGAGAGGACUUCUGUCCUCGGAAGCUGCGGCAGAUGCACCUGAUGAUUGACCAGCUCAUGGCCCACUCCCACCUGCGUUACAAGGGGACUCUGUCCAUGUUGCAAUGCAAUGUCUUCCCGGGGCUUCCACCUGACUUCCUGGACUCUGAGGUCAACUUAUUCCUGGUACCCUUCAUGGACAGUGAAGCAGAGAGUGAAAACCCACCAAGAGCAGGACCUGGUUCCAGCCCACUCUUCUCCCUGCUGCCUGGGUAUCGUGGUCACCCCAGUUUCCAGUCCUUGGUGAGCAAGCUCCGGAGCCAAGUGAUGUCCAUGGCCCGGCCACAGCUGUCACACACGAUCCUCACCGAGAAGAACUGGUUCCACUACGCUGCCCGGAUCUGGGACGGGGUGAGAAAGUCCUCUGCUCUGGCAGAGUACAGCCGCCUGCUGGCCUGAGGCCAAGGAGAGGAAUGUCACACAGGGGACCUCCCGGGUCCACAGUGGACGGCGAGGGAGCAUAAACGUCCGUCCCCCGCUGGGGUGGAGAGCAGCAGCAGGCCUGAUGGAUGAGGGAUCGUGGCUUCCCGGCCCAGAGACAUGAGGUGUCCAGGGCCAGGCCCCCCACCCUCAGUUGGGGGCUGUUCCGGGGGUGACUGUGAGCGAUCCCACCCCAACCCUGAGAUGGGGCAGCCCGUCCUACGUCCUCCACAGGGACAAGCAGUGGGAGGAGUCUGAAUGGUCACCAGGAAGCCCGGGCUCCAUCUUGACCUCCUUUUUUAAGGGACAGGAGUAACAGGCCCCUCUUCACUGACUAAGCCCUUCCCUGUAAGGUGAGGCAGGGUCUGGAGAGCUCUUUAUUGGAGCAGAUCUGGUGGUUCAAAUAAACAGUCAUGCAAGCCUG